CAGAAGCAACAAAACAAAAGGAAAACGCAGUCUCUCCCAACAGCCCCCCUCCCCAAUCUAUCCUUUUCUCUUCCCUUCCUCAUCUGUUUCUCAUAUAUAUUUAUAAUAAUAAUAAUACCAAUAAUUCCAUUAUCAUUUGCAAAAAGAAAAAAAGUCUUCUUUUGUUUUUCCACUGCUUUUUCCCUUAGCUAGUACUUAAAUAUGUCUGAUAAAGGAGAUUUCACUUCUUUGAAUCGGAUUCCUGAUCUUUCCCUGCACAUUAGCCCUCCCAACAGUGCUCCUUCCUCUAUUUGUGCUGCUGGGGAUUCUUCCUUUGAUAUUUGGCGCAAGGACGAUGGUGUAAACCCAAAAUCACACAGUGAUAGUUCCAUAAAACCUGCCUCCCAAGCUGACACCCAGCUUUCCUUAGCAAAUCCAACCACCAGUGCCUUAGAAGCUGAAAGUGAAAGCCCUUGGGAGAAGAAAAGCUUUGCCCCACUUGCAAGAACCGAUGAUGAUAAUAUAUACCAUGGGAUUUCAUUACUUGAUGUUUCAGGACUGAAGCCCAUCAAAGGGAUUCCAGUAUAUAGUAACUAUGCCUGGUCUUAUUCAUCGUAUAAUUGUUCAUCUUCCUCGGCUUUGCACUCACCACCUAGGUUUAAUGGGAUUUCAAUGGAGACACUGAGACCCCAUUUUUAUCCUCAUCAGUUGGGAGGUUCAGACUUCUGUAACAGCAUGGUUAGAUCGAGAUUUAUCCCUAAAUUACAAAGCAAAAGAAACAUGAGAGCACCCAGAAUGCGUUGGACCAGUUCUCUUCAUGCUCGUUUUGUUCAUGCCGUGGAGCUUCUCGGCGGUCAUGAAAGAGCGACUCCUAAAUCAGUUUUAGAGCUAAUGGAUGUCAAAGAUCUAACCCUCGCCCAUGUCAAAAGCCAUUUACAGAUGUACAGAACGAUUAAGAGCACUGACAAACCUGCAUCUUCCUCAGCAGAUGGAUCUAAAUCAGAAGAAGAUUAUUGGGCAGCAGCUGCUCCCCGGCAGAGAUCAGGAAGUCCAGAUUCCUCCUUAAAUCAUGAUAAUAAUAAUGCUGCUGCUAAUAGUAAUCUUUGGAGUAACUCUUCUAGGACGAACAAAAUUCUCACUCAUCAAAUGAGGCUGACUUUCCAUUACAGUUGGAGAAGCUUUAGAUCCUUCACCAACUUUAUUAGGCUUCCAAUCCUUCUCUUUAGAGGAGUUUGGUUACCGAAUUCGAGGAAUCCGGACCGGCUUAGACCUGAACCUCCGUCUUCUCAGGCCGGAAACCACUUUGAGGGAAGCAGAUUGAGUGAAGAAAAAAUGAAAAGGGGGCCAAACAUAGAACACCAUAAUCCAAGCUUGGAGUUCAGCUUGGGAAGAGCAGACUGGCAGUGCAAGGACCUCACUGACUGACUCACUGACUCAAUGCUUUAAGCUUAAUGGAUGGAUUCCUUACAUCAGAGUUUGACAAUAGGUAUAUAGACUCAUCAUAUCAAAGUUUCAUGCACGUCGCUCUGCCUGUAUAUUCUUUUUUUUAGUGUUCUUGGGUUCAUGAAUUGAAAGCAAAAGGAAAGGAAUGAGUUUCAAUGGUGCAUUACUUGAUAUUGUUAUAUUGCUAUUCACUCUCUUCCACUAUGCAGUAUUGAAUGGGAUCGAUUGCAGUGAUUACUGUGUGAUUGCUUCA